CCCCUGGGCGCGCGCGCGCGCGCCCUCCGCGGGGCCGAUGCCGCCGGCCGCGGCCGCGGCGGUGCCCCCAGGGUUCCCGCCCGCCUCGCCACGGCGGUGGGACCCCUGAACACCGGCGGUCCCACGCCAACCGCGCGGCCGCCCCCGGAGGCGGGCUGGGCGCCCCAGGGGCCCAGAGGCGGCAGCAAGACGCCGCAGGGCACCGCUCGCGACGCCCCGCCGGCGAAGGCCGUGCCGAUCUGGCUGGGCAGCGGGACCAGGCAAGUCGCCGUGGUUGUGCCAGACAUCAGGCAGGUGGUGCCCGAGGAGCUGCAGCUCAGCGAGGCGGUGAUCGCCAUCGAGCGUUUCGAG